AUGUCAGAUAACGCUUUAUCCGCGUCGCCGGUGGGAACCGCUGCGCCAGCUACAGCAUCGUCGAGUGAAGCCGUCCCAUCGAAGAAAAAGCGAGUGAGGGCGCCCUAUCCUCCCAUAUACGUAAUGGUCAACGACGCCAUAGCAAGCCUGAAAAAACGCGGAGGAUCGUCGCUGCAGGCGAUCAAGAAAUAUAUGUCGGCCAAUUAUAAAAUCGACGCCGAGAAAAAAUCAACAUACAUCAGAAAGUAUUUAAUGUCGGCAGUUGAAAUGGGAACACUCAUUCAUACGAGAGGCAACGGUGCUUCGGGUUCGUAUAAACUUGCCGCUAGACAGAGGGGCGGCGAAAGCGGUGUUUCGGCUGGAAAAGCUAGGACCGCUAAGAAGCCAGCGAUAAAAAUAAAAUCGAAGACAGCAAAGUCGAAGGGCGCCGCCAAACCUGCUUCGUCCCUUAAAAAGAAGUCUGCAUCCGCAGCGGGCACAUUAAAAAAGUCGUCGGCGAAACCUAAGACGACAGUCGGUAAGAACAAGACCAUAUACGUGUUUAUCUAUGAACAAGACCAUUUAGG